AGAUGCUUAGUCUUCUUGAAAAAAUCCGAUUUCCCAUUGUUCUCUCUCUCUCUCUCUCUAAAAUCCGAUUUCCCAUUGUUCUCUCUCUCUCUCUGUUUUUGACUUUGCUUUCAGAAUCAGUGUAUUGAUUUGGAGCAGUGAAGGUUCAAUCGACAGCAAGAGUUCGCUGCAAACAAUCAAUUUCGACGGCAAGGUUUUGCUGCGUUCAACAAUCGACAAUGAUUGACACUACAGCCAAGAAUGGAUCCAAAAUGGAAAAGAGAGAGAUAGGUAUCCUUAAGACAACAGAUCCAGAUUCACCCUAUUUUCUCCACUCUAGUGAUGAUCCAGGGAGGGUCUUAGUCAUGACUCUCUUAACUGGGGAGAAUUACCACAUGUGGAGAAGGAGUAUGCAUAAUGCCUUAUUUGCAAAGAACAAGAUGGGGGACUUGCAGGGAAGUGUGGCCUAUGUGGAGAGUGCUGCUGAGGUUUGGAAUGACUUACAUGAACAUUUCUCACAAGGAAAUGCAUCUCGAAUCUUAAGCACAGAACCCCUCCCAUCACUGAAUAAGGUGUAUGCAAUGACUACCAAAGAGGAGAAGCAACAAGCAAUGGUUGCAUCUAGAAGUCCAAUUAUAGAAGCAACAACCUUGGCAACAAAGAUGAACCACACUGGGAAAUCUUCCAUGUCAGGGAAGCCACGCUGUGGUCAUUGCAAGAAGGUUGGUCAUACUAAAGAGAGAUGCUAUGAAAUCAUUGGAUACCCAGUUGGUUGGAAGAUAGGGCCAACCAAAAUGAAGGGAAAGGGUGAGCACCAAAAGCAUCAACAUCAGGAGAAAGAGUUGAUUUUUGCAGCCAAUACAUCACAUGAGUCACAGAUGGCAGGAGAUUCACUGGAUCAGUCACCAAUUGCAGGACUUUCUAAAGUGCAGUAUGAUCAACUCCUCAUGCUUCUUGGUGGUAAUUCUACUCCUAAACAUUUCGUCAACCUAGCUGGACCUAGCCUCGAGGAAGUUGAUUGGAAUGGGUAAGCUUCGCGGAGGGCUAUACUAUUGUGACUUUGGGCAUGUUGCUGCAACAAGUCACACCAAGCAAAAGGAGGACACAUCCUUGGAGUUGUGGCAUCAGCGACUAGGCCAUGCAUCCAUAGAAAGAAUAGCCAAAAUAAUUUCUUUGCCUACAUGUUUAAGUAGAAUAAAGCAUGUUUGCGACA